AUGACCAUGACAGAUGCGGGCAGAAAGAAGGCCAAUGUCCUACUCCUAGGAGGUGGAGCUGUGGGAACAAUCGCUGCACUGAAUAUCGAGACUAGUGGCCUAGGUUCUGUGACAGCUAUUUUGAGGUCAAAUUUCAAAGUCGUGCAGGACGAGGGUUAUGUCAUUGAAAGUGUUGAUCACGGGAAGCUGAAAGGAUGGAGACCAACCAAAGUGGUGAACUCCGUCCCAGAUGUAAUCAGAGAAUCCCUCCCUCCAUUCGACUACAUCGUCACAACAACCAAGAACCUCCCCGACAUCCCGCCAUCCCUUGCUUCUCUAAUCGCACCCGCAGUAACUCCAGGCCACACCAUCAUAGUCAUGGUUCAAAACGGGCUCAACAUCGAGAAGCCAAUGUUCGCGUUAUUCCCCACAAAUAUAGUCCUCAGCGGCGUCUCCAUGAUCGACGCUCAUGAAGGAAGACUUGGAGAAAUCCUACACGAAGAACAUGAUACCCUUUACCUAGGCGCUUUCAACAACCCCACAAUCAACGACCCCGAACGGGAACUUGCUGAAGCCAAGAAAUCAUCGAGAUUUACAACGCGGCCGGUAAAAGCACCGUGCAUCUCAGCGAAGAUGUGGCUUUUGCGAGGUGGAGGAAGUUGGUAUUUAACGCGGUGCUGA